UCUAUACAACUGAGAAACUCAAGUUUAUUACCAAAUUCCCUGCCUAGAGUUGAGUUUAAUUCAUUCUAAUGUCUGAGAGGAUGUGGGGUUUUGUGUUGGCAAGAGAAGUGCUGGCAUCCGUACUUCCUGACUUACCAAACAUCCUAGAGGAGGGAAUUCUGUGGAAGGCAGUCCCCGAAGUACCAUGGGAUAGGGCCACAGGCUUAGGUGAGGUCCCAGAGAUUCAUAGAGGGAUCGUGAUGGAGGUGCUUUGUGCAGAAGCUGAGAGUAAUGGAACGGAAGAAGAGGCUUCUCGGAACAUAAAGGAGAAGAUGUCUACCAACAUCCCUCCCACUCAUGGACACGACAUACAUGUGACCAGAGAUGUGGUGAAGCAUCCUCUCUCCAAGUGUGAUAUGUUAUCAGACCCUAGUCAGGAAGUCCUGGAGGAGAGAACAAGGAUCCAGUUUAUAAGAUGGAGCCACACCCGCAUCUUCCAAGUACCAAGUGAAAUGAUAGAAGAUGUCAUGCAGGACCGAAUAGAUGAAGUGAGACGAAGCGUGUCUCACCUCAUGUGUGACUCAUAUAAUGACCCAAGCUUCAGAACUUCUUGCUCAGACUGCUAAGGUUGAAGGCCUCCGGAAUCAACGAACAGCCUGUGUCCAAAAAGGAUCCACCUCGUGUUUGACCUGAAGGGUGACCAGACUUUAGCAGAAAGACUAUAGAGGCUGAGCCCUUGGUUACCACCAUGAUGAUACUGGAAUCUUCUUGCUGAAGUGCUAAUAAAGAGACAUCUUAUCACCAACCA